AUUUUUUUGAGGCUACUGAGCGUUCAACUCCCAGCCAACUUACCAACAAACUGACCUUUUUCUGCUAAAUACCCUAUCAAUUGUCCAGAAUUUGAUCACGAAAACAAGAGGUUAGGUAAUCUAAUCAUGAGCAACUACAAUCAAAUGUAGUAGAAAAGCGAAAAAUGAAAAUAAAAUAAAAAUCUAUCAGCUUCCAAAAUCUUUAUAAGUGCCACCAGAUCUCAUCUUCCUACAGCUUAAUUAACUUUGUCGGGAGAGAUGGCAAAGCUUCUUCUAAUACCCAUAAUCUCACUCGUACUCUGUUGUUAUUCCCUCUCAACAUGUUCGGCAACUGUCUACACUGUGGGAGACAACGGCGGCUGGGACAUCAGCACCGACCUCGAUUCUUGGAAACAAGGCAAGACAUUUGCUGUCGGUGACACUUUACUGUUCCAAUAUUCCAAGUACCAUUCAGUGAGCGAGGUUACAAAGGAAAACUACGAAGGGUGUAACACGGGCAACGUGCUACAAACGAGCAGCAACAGCAACACGUCUUUUGCCUUGACGAGGCCUGGGGAUAGGUACUUUGUUUGCGGCAACAGGUUGCACUGUCUCGGGGGAAUGAAACUUCACGUAAAUGUUGUCGGGGAUUGGGCUUUGUCGCCUUUUGGGCCGCCUGUUGGGCCACCCGAGGCCCAGCCCGGGGGUGUUCUCCCGACUGCUGGAUCUUCUAGGACUAGUAAUCCAACCAGCUCGUCUUUUGUCAACACGAUUGGUGUGGAUUGGGUAUUAAUCAAGGGGUUUGUGGCAUCGUUGGCUUUGUUGUGGAUCGUUUGAAGUCAGACUCGACACGUUGAUGACUUGUUGAUGUCUAUUUGUUUGUGAAAAUUGUUAACGAUAGGGUUUAUACUUUAUACAAUGACUUUGACAAUUACAAAUCAAUUACCAAUUUGCCCUCAAAAUAUUACUUAAUAAAUUCACCUUGUAUUGUUUUGUAGAAGAGUACUUUAUAUUUAAUUUAAAAAAGUCGUCUAUCUUACUUAAG